GGUGGCAACGGCUACGCCAACAUGGAGCUGCCGCAGAUGCCGGAGUUGAUGGGACUGUCGCUGUUGCUCGGGCUGCUGGCCCUCAUGGCGACGGCGGCGGUAGCGCGGGGGUGGCUGCGCGCGGAGGAGAGGUGUGGCCGGCCCUCCCACCAAAAAGCAAAUGGAUUUCAACUUGACAAAUCCUCGGGAUCCAAGAAGCAGAAACAGCAUCAACGGAUUCACAAGGAGAAGCCUCAACAACACAACUUCACCCACCGUCUCCUGGCUGCAGCACUGAAGAGCCACAGCGGGAACAUAUCGUGCAUGGACUUUAGCAGCAAUGGGAAGUACCUGGCUACCUGUGCAGAUGAUCGCACUGUCCGCAUCUGGAGCACCAAAGACUUCCUGCAGCGGGAGCACCGCAGCAUGAGAGCCAAUGUGGAGCUGGACCACGCCACCUUGGUGCGCUUCAGCCCUGACUGCAGAGCCUUCAUCAUCUGGCUGGCCAAUGGGGAAACACUCCGCGUCUUUAAGAUGACCAAGCGAGAAGAUGGGGGCUAUACCUUCACAGCCACCCCAGAGGACUUUCCUAAAAAGCACAAGGCAUCUGUUAUCAACAUUGGCAUUGCUGACACAGGGAAGUUCAUCAUGACGGCCUCCAGUGACACGACUGUCCUUAUCUGGAAUCUGAAAGGUCAGGUUCUGUCUACCAUCAACACCAACCAGAUGAACAAUACAUAUGCUGCUAUAUCCCCUUGUAGCAGAUUUGUGGCCUCAUGUGGCUUUACCCCGGAUGUGAAAGUUUGGGAAGUCUGCUUUGGGAAGAAGGGGGACUUUCAGGAGGUUGUGCGAGCCUUUGAACUGAAGGGCCACUCUGCAGCUGUCCACUCCUUUGCUUUCUCCAAUGACUCUCGGAGGAUGGCUUCUGUCUCCAAGGAUGGUACGUGGAAACUUUGGGACACAGAUGUGGAAUACAAGAAGCAGCAGGACCCCUACUUGUUGAGGACAGGCCGCUUCGAGGAGGCAGGCACCAUGCUGUGCCGCCUGGCACUCUCCCCUGAUGCCCAGGUCUUGGCCUUAGCCAGUGGCAGCAGUAUUCAUCUCUACAACACCCGGCGGGGUGAGAAGGAAGAGUGCUUUGAGCAGGUCCAUGGGGAGUGUAUCACUGACUUGUCCUUUGACAUCACCGGCCGGUUUCUGGCCUCCUGUGGGGACCGGGCAGUGCGGCUCUUCCACAACACCCCUGGCCGCCGGGCAGUGGUGGAGGAAAUGCAGGGCCUCCUGAAGCGGGCCUCCAACGAGAGCACCCGUCAGAGGCUGCAGCAGCAGCUGACCGAGGCCCAGGAGGCCCUGAAGAGCCUGGGUGCCCUGAAGAAAUGACUCGGGGAGGGUGCGGCAGGAGGGAUCUAGCCACCUGUUCCUGCCAUUGUUGCCCCUUUUCUUCCUGUGUACUCCCCAGCUGGGAACGUUUUGAAAGGAGUCUCCUGAUUUUCUUGUUGAUGCCCCCUCCUCUUUUUUCUAUCGAAACUAUUCUUGCCUGCUUAGAUUUCUCUCUCUUUUCUUUCUGGUUGUGACUCCUCCUGGACUGAUGAUCAAGGGGCUUCUUUUUCUCCUGGGCCCAAAGGGUGGAAUCUAUCUUCACCCAGCACCAAGGAGAGUGGUAGAGAGGAGAGAACAUGGUCUUUGACCUUAUGGCAACACACCCUGACAUCCCAAAGAAGUUUGUAAAUGUGGACAAAACCUAGGGAAUACAUGAAUACUAAGCAGUAGUUUUGCAGGAGUUGGAGAUUGGGACAUCUUCCAAUUCCAGAACUGCUAUGGGAUCAGGAGAAGGCUAGUCUUAAUCUAAGCAAGGCUCCUAAUCCCAUCAAAAAGUAAUUCAGGGAUUUUAUUCUGGGCCUCAGUUUUCUUGUUUAAAACAUGGAGAAUAAUCAUCUCUGUGUCCUCCUUGCAAAGAUGUUGUGAGGCUAAGAGUAUAAAGUCCUUGGAUUUGAAAGAAAAGUGGAAAAGAGUAGUAAUAUUGUCCAAUGUCAUUAAUUGCCUGGUAAAAGUCGGAAUCAAACAGUAUGGUUUUAUACCAAAUUAUAAAGAAACACACACAUUCCUUGGGAAAGCAAAGUUUUCUGGGAUUUGAUCAUACACUUUGUAUCUGGUUCUGCUUUGAGUUGUGUGGAGGAAUCAUAGAAUCCCAAAAUGGGGCUCCUCUCUUCCAGGAGAUUAUAUCCUUGUUUGAGGUGAUGUCUUCAGUUCAUCAGAUAUUUGAGUGACUACUCUAUGCCCAGCGCAGCACCAGACACUGGAGAUAAAUAUGAAUAAGACAUGGUUUCUGCCUUCAAAGAUGGAUGGUGGGAGGUAGAGGUAAGACACUUCUAUUAAGUGCCUUUUGUUAGUUUAUUCAUAGCGACGAUAGUCUGUUGUAAAAGUCAAGGCAAGAGAGGAUUGAUUCAGGACAGAGGCAGUGCUGAGAAGUUUUUGCCAGGAUAGAUUUGGUAAGAGAUUAGGUAUUUAGAGUUCGAAUUUUUAGAUUUCAGGACUGGUUGGAUGCAGGAAGUAAGGGAAAUGAGGAAUCUAGGAAGACUUGAGUCUAGGCAAAAUUUAUUCAUCCAAAAUCAAAAUCUUGAUCUCUCUCAAUAAAACUGG